UUCCCGUGACUCACGCUGCUUCUCUCCUCAGCCUGGGCGCCAACAAACGGAGGUGGUUCUCCCGAGAUCCAUCAGUACGAUGGACAGGCUGUUGUCCCAAUGCGCACCGCCUUCUCUCUGACUCAAGCUAGGGUUCAGACGCCUCCUUCCGCCGCUCCCAGGUGCUCAUGGCCUAGUGCUGCGGUGUCGGACUUCGGUUCCCGCAUCUCCUAGGCAUAGGUCAGAGCGUUCCCCGGGUUCCCUUUAAGGUUCUAGCUCCCGUACCGGUUCAGCUGUCCCGAGAGGUGCCGUGCGCUCCUCUCCGCCCUCGCCCUCCUCCUGUGCGAAGCCAAAUAAGAGAAGAGCCCAGAGGCAAGCCUGAACAUUACUACCAUGGCUUCUGAACCUCCUCCUGAAAAACAUGCUAAAACUCCACACUUACCCCUAGAUAAACAGAGCCUGUUGUUUUGUCCCAAAUCAAAGGUUCACCACAUCCACCGAGGAGAGAUCUCAAAGAUCAUCCGUGAGUGUAAAGAGGAGAGUUUCUGGAAGAGAGCUCUCCCUUUGUCCUUGGUAGGGAUGCUUGUUACUCAAGGACUUGUCCACAAAGGUUAUUUAGCAUCAAACCCAAGAUUUGGAUCAUUGCCGAAAGUGGCACUUGCUGGUAUCUUGGGAUUUGGCUUGGGAAAGGUGUCAUACAUAGGAGCAUGCCAGAAGAAAUUUCACACCAUAGAAUUUGAACUCCGUGGGGCAGGUUUUGGUCCAGGCCAUAAUAGGCAUUGCCUCUACACCUGUGAAGACUGCAAAAUCAAGCAUGAAUUGAGUCAGAAGGGUGGUUCACAGGCCUCUGCUUCCUAAACUGGUACCUGUGCCUUUAAAGCCUUCCAGGCCUUUGCAUUUGUAUUUCAUCUUUUCUUUGCACUUCACAUAACAGUGUAUUCCAGACUGGAAUGAAAUGUAUGCUAUACUUGUCAAUACUCUUGUCCUAUACAUUUAACCAUGAUAUUAAAUCUUAAUCUAGUGAGACUUUCAGCUUAAGCUUUAUAACUUUUCAUCUGAGUGUUGUGGUUUUUCUGUUAUCUAAAAGCACGUUGGACCAGAAUUUACUGAGAUAAGAUCUUCUCAAGCUUUCCUUGAAUAACGUUAUCUGACUUCUGUCUGUCCCAUGUUACUCCAGUGCUCAAGUACUCUGAUAAAAUGGGGAUGAAGACGAGAUAUAUAAAGAUGUAUAAAGAUGUAUAAAGAAAUGUACCGGGGUGAGGGUGGUAAUAAGGCAGGAAAAGGAAAAGGUUGGGAGGUACCUUGUAAAGUGUGAGAGCCUGAAGUUUUUAUUUAAACCAAUGAGCAUGCUCUGUUGGAAAAUUAUAGUAUAAAAACAGUGUACUCUGGACUGUUUAGAAGAUUUUAUGGCAAGAUACUAGGAUAGUAUUUUCCUUCCUGACUUGAACUUCUAAAAAUGUUUGUUCUCUUUGGUAGCCUGCUUAAUGACUUUAUGUCCUAUCCAGCACUUGAGUUGCUAUCUAUCUUAGUAAACUAUUAUUUUGUUGCACUGCUAAUGGACGGGGUUAAAAAUAAUUUCCAAAAUAUUUAGCUUAUUUCCAAGGAAGUAGUUUAGGUCCUGGAAGAACUAUGUACUGAUUAUGUGUGUAUACUCACAUACAUAUAUACUGUACUUAUAUAUGUGUGUGUAUAUAUAUGUAUAUAUAAUACAUUGUAUAUGUGUAUAAAGUAUAUGUAUGUCUUUGCUGAAAAAGUCGCUUCCUUCCUCCAAGCUUCUUUAGACUCCUCUGCUGGGUUCUUAGUACAUACAAAAUAAACUGGCCUCUGGGAGAUAUUUUAGCUUAUGACCAGCAUCUCGUAGUUGUGAUUCUUCACAAAAGGUUAAGUUUUUCAUGUUAGUAUCUGUAAUAAUGCAUCUUGAUAGCUUCACCACAAAGACAGAAAAAUUUUAUUAAGCUUUAAUGAACUGUUUAAUAGGGUAUUUUAGAACAGAGGAAAAAAUGUUGAACAGAUAUUUUUAAAAAAACGAGCCUCUUUAGACUGUAACCUGUUUUUCAGUAAAUAAAGCUCUCUAAAUCAGAA